AUGGAAACAGCCAACGACAGCUCAGGGGAUUUCAUCUUAGUGGGUUUCUCUGAACGACCUGAAUUGGAACUGGUUCUCUCCCUCUUUGUCUCCUUGUUCUAUACUAUAACUCUGGGGGGUAAUACUGCCAUCAUUCUGCUCUCUCUCCUGGACUCCAGGCUCCACACUCCCAUGUACUUCUUCCUCAGAAACCUUUCCUUUCUAGACCUUUGCUUCACCACUAGCAUUGUCCCCCAGAUGCUGGUGAACAUCUGGGGAGGGAGCAAAAAGAUCAGCUACUCUGGAUGUAUGGUCCAGUACUGGGUGGCCUUGGCUCUUGGAUCCACAGAGUGUGUCCUCCUUGCUGUGAUGGCUGUUGAUCGUUAUGUUGCUGUCUGUUGGCCCCUACGCUAUGCUAUGAUUAUGCAUCCACGCCUCUGCCACCUCCUAGGGGCUGCUUCCUGGACUGGUGGCUUUGCCAACUCCCUUCUACAGUCAUCAUUGGCCAUGGUGUUGCCUCGAUGUGGCAACCACAGAGUGGACCAUUUCUUUUGUGAGCUGCUAGUCAUUGUCAAACUUUCUUGUGUGGACACUGGCCCAACAGAGUCUAAGAUGUUCAUUGCCCGUCUUAUCAUCCUUGGCAUGCCUGUCUCUAUCAUCUUAACUUCAUAUGGGUGCAUUGCUUGGGCAGUGGUGAAGAUCCGUUCAGCUGAGGGAAGGAAGAAGGCCUUUGGUACUUGUGCAUCACAUCUGCUAGUCGUGUCACUUUUCUAUGGGACCAUUAUGUUUGUGUAUCUACAGCCCAAAAACAGUUACUCCCAGGACCAAGGCAAAGCCCUUGCAGUGCUCUAUACAAUUCUAGCUCCCACACUUAACCCUCUGAUCUACACCCUGAGGAAUAAGGAUGUGAAGAAAGCAGUAAGAAAAGUCAUGGGGAAAGAGCAGGCAUAG